GCGCAUGCUUUCUAAAUAACGCGCGUCCCACCACCUGUGCGCGCUGCUGUGCAUGCACUUGCCUACUCCAAACUGUUCCAGCUCAGCUCAGCACAGCUCCGCAAUUGGUACUUGAAGAUGAGGCCGCUAAUGCUACACGGUCACGAAAGAGCCAUCACGCAGAUCAGAUACAACCUGGAAGGGGAUCUCUUGUUCUCCGUUGCCAAAGACAGCAAACCGACAGUCUGGUAUUCCAGUAACGGAGAGAGGCUGGGGACCUUCAAUGGCCACAAUGGAGCAAUAUGGUGCAUCGAUGUCAACCGCGACACAAGUCGCGUCCUCACGGGCUCGGCAGACAACUCCACUCGGCUGUGGGACUGCGAGACGGGCACCACGCUGAGCGAGUUUGAAACCGGUUCUGCCGUCCGGUCUUGCAUGUUCUCUUACUCCAGUAACCUGUUUGUCUAUACUACUGACGCCACCAUGGGCAGCGUGUGUGAGAUUUAUCUCUACGACGUCAGGGACCUCGAGGCUCCCGUUAGGGUCAUUCCAAUAGAAGGUUCGAGGAUCUCGGCAGCCGUGUGGGGACCGUUUGAUGAAUUCCUCAUCACCGGUCAUGAGAACGGUGCAAUAUGUCGCUAUGACGUCACCAGAUCAGGACACUGUCUUCAGUCGGUGAAGGAGCACAAGGCCCUCAUAUCAGACCUGCAGCCCUCGUCAGACCAGAUCAUGAUCGUCACCGCCUCCAAAGAUAACACGGCCAAACUCAUGGACUCUGAGAAUCUCGAGGUUCUGAAGACGUACAGGACCGAGAGACCCGUCAACAGUGCCGCCAUCUCCCCCACCAAGGAUCAUGUUGUGUUGGGCGGAGGACAGGAGGCUAGGGAGGUUACCACGACGACCACAAAGGCCGGGAAAUUCGACGCCAGGUUCUACCACUUGAUCUACGAGGAGGAGAUCGGGAGGGUCAAAGGUCACUUCGGACCAAUCAACUCACUGAAAUUCCAUCCUGACGGAAAGAGCUACAGCAGCGGUGGAGAAGAUGGCUACGUCAGAGUACACACUUUUGACUCGAGCUACUUUGAAUUUGAAUUCUGACACACCCACUACUGUGUGUACUGUGUUAUUAUAAUUAUGGCAUUGUUGAUGAUUCCGUUGCUGUUUUUGUGAAGGAGACAAAUGGAAAGGUCACGGCAAUAACUUAACUAGUCACUCUUACAGA